AUGAUUCGUUUAAUUCUCCGGCUCAGACCGUCCGCCGGGUUCUCCUGUCCCCGUGUCCUCCCGGCGGGGCCUUCCACGCUCGGCUCUCGGUCUGUGUCCGUCACCGGCUGUCUGAGGCGGCUUCACUGCUCCCGAGUCGUUUCCCUAGGUUCGAGUUUCGGUCACCGAACGACUCUCCCGCGGUGUCCUCAGCUGGCCGGUGGCUUUCAGAGCAGCCGCUUCUACAGUCUCCCUCCUCACCAGAAGGUGGAGCUUCCUGCUCUCUCGCCCACCAUGCAGACGGGAACAAUCGCUCGCUGGGAGAAGAAGGAAGGGGAUAAAAUCAGUGAGGGGGACCUUAUAGCUGAGGUAGAGACAGAUAAAGCCACUGUAGGCUUUGAGAUGCUGGAGGAGUGCUAUCUAGCAAAGAUCCUGGUCCCUGAAGGCACCAGAGACGUCAAUGUUGGAUCAGUAAUCUGCAUCACAGUUGACAACCCAGAGCUCAUUCCAGCAUUUAAGGAUGUAACAUUGGAGUCCGUUAAAUCUGCUGGUGCUGCUCCUUCAUCUGCAGCUUCUGCUCCUCCUCCUCUUUCACCUGCCACGGCUCCGCCUCCUGCAGCACCAGGCAGCUCUUACCCCCCACACAUGAAGAUUGCACUUCCUGCACUCUCUCCCACCAUGACAAUGGGAACAGUGCAGCGCUGGGAGAAGAAGGUUGGAGAAAAGUUGAGCGAAGGAGAUUUACUGGCUGAGAUCGAAACUGACAAGGCAACUAUUGGCUUCGAGGUGCAGGAGGAGGGAUAUCUGGCUAAAAUCCUGAUAUCAGAGGGAACUCGGGAUGUUCCUCUGGGAGCGCCGCUCUGCAUCAUCGUAGAGAAAGAAAGUGACAUCGGUGCCUUCAAGGAUUACGUAGAGACCGGGGUGGGAGACGUGUCCAUGCCACCUCCUGCUCCCGCUCCCACUCCUGUCACGGCUCCAGUUCCCAGUGCUGCUCCAGCAGCUGCCGCCGCCCCAGCAGUACCAAGGAAAGGCCGCGUGUUUGCCAGUCCACUGGCCAAGAAGCUUGCUGCUGAGAAAGGAAUUGACCUGGCACAGGUCAGCGGAUCUGGUCCUGAUGGACGCAUUACCAGGAAAGAUAUUGAAAGCUUUGUUCCACCAAAGGUUGCUCCUACUGCAGCUGCUGCUCCCAGUCCCACCGCUGUCGGAGCCGCUCCUGCAGCCGCUGCAGCUCCGGCUGCUCCAGCUGGCACCUUCACAGACAUCCCCAUCAGCAACAUCCGCAAGGUCAUCGCUCAGAGACUGAUGCAGUCCAAGCAAACCAUCCCGCACUAUUAUCUCUCUGUAGAUGUUAACAUGGACCAAGUGCUUGAACUUAGAAAAGAGCUCAAUGAGGAAGUGAAAGCCCAGAAUAUCAAGCUCAGUGUGAAUGAUUUUAUCAUCAAAGCCAGCGCUCUGGCCUGCCUCAAGGUUCCUGAGUGCAACUCCUCCUGGUUGGACACAGUCAUACGGCAGAAUCACGUGGUGGAUGUGAGUGUGGCGGUGAGCACCGCCAGCGGUCUCAUCACGCCCAUCGUUUUCAACGCCCACAUCAAAGGCCUCGUCGCCAUCGGCUCUGAUGUGGCGACUCUCGCAGCCAAAGCCAGGGAGGGCAAACUGCAGCCUCACGAGUUCCAGGGAGGAACAUUCACAAUCUCCAACUUGGGGAUGUUCGGUAUCAAAAACUUCUCGGCGAUCAUCAACCCGCCUCAGGCCUGCAUCCUCGCUGUGGGAGGCUCCGAGAAACGUCUGAUGCCCGCUGACAACGAGAAGGGGUUCGACGUGUCCAGCAUGAUGUCGGUAACGCUGAGCUGCGACCACCGGGUGGUGGACGGAGCAGUCGGAGCGCAGUGGCUAGCAGAGUUCAGGAAGCUCCUGGAGAAACCGGUCACCAUGCUGUUGUGAUCAGACUGAACCGCCACAGAGCGGCGGCAGCGGGCGCAGAGCUCACACUGAGGAGCUCUGGUUGGCCCGGAGCCUCGUGUGACUGGCUGGCCUGCCAUAAGGUCACUCCCACUUAGCCCGACGGGGGAAGAGGCAGAACUCACUCCUAUUUCCUGUCUGUCCAUUUCACUGUCUCUCCUAGCUUUCCUUCCUGUCACUCUCUUUCACUAUUUUUAUUUAUUUUGGCCCCAUCCUACGAGAGACCGGAAUUAGGCUUUAGGAAUCCUGGAAAAAAGACUUUAUGUCGCUGAAAUACAGAGAAUAUUUUACAAAAACAAAUGUUACAUGUCUCUCCACUUAGCAUAUUAACCCUAAAACCAGUGGGUGUGUGUAUUUCUGCAAACUGUUAUGUGUCGGGGUGAACAUGGUAAAAUAUAAAAUGAAAUUGACAGAUAAACGGGCCAAAUUUACACACACACACACACACCUGCAUUCAGUGGCCAUACACAUACAGUUGGAAUACUUUAUGCUUUUUCUGUGAGUUAAAACUACGGGGUGUGUAUAAUAAUAAUCACUGUGGAAACACACGGUGUUGUAUAUUUAUGUAUAUGGUGUUGAGCUGUUUGGUUAAAGUAACCAAGUUCCUUAAAGACCUCACCAUAGAAAUGACAAGCUCGUCUAGCUCUGAGGGGUAAGAGACACGGAAAGAUUUGACCAAUUUCUCUCCAUUUUGUUCUAUAGUGUCAAACAUUUUGUUGAUCUUGCAGCUAAAACGCACAAACCCGGUGCUGGAUGUUGUUCAUAACAGCAAAGGAAUAAAUUGGGAGAUUCUGACCUUC